AUGGCCGAAGAUGACAUGUGGGACCCACGAGAAAGUGAGGAUCUAUCGCCUGAAGAAAGAAUCUUUUUAAAGGAGUUUCCCUCCUGGAAAUCUAAGGUAGAAGAGUAUGUGCACAAACUCUACGCCCUGGCAGACUACACGGAUUCACGUCACAGCAUGUUCACCAAGACCAACGUGGUGGUCAAUUCCAUCACAGUGGCCUCUGGACUCAUGUCUCUGCUGGGUUUAGCCCUCCCUGCAGUAACAGUUGGAGGAAGCCUCCUGCUUGCCACAGCCGGGAAAAGUCUGAUGACAGCAGCCGGGGCCACUGGUCUCUUCACCAACGUCUAUGAGUACUUUCACAAUAAGAAAGUUCAAGCCCAGGCCAGCAGCCUAGCCUUAACCCUUGACCAAGGGGACAUGGAGGCUGGAGGAAAGGAGGCAGCCAGUGCGGCGUCGAUAGGCCAGACCGUGUAUCACAGUACAGAAAGCAUCAGGGAGAUUAGGAAGUACAUCCGAGCCUUUAGGCGUGCUCGGGCCCAUCCUCACCUGGUUGCGGCCGCCAAGAGGUACCUGAGGACCGGCAAGGCCUCGGCCAGGAGGAGCAGGCAGCUGAAGAAGGUCUUCGAGGGCACACCAGUGAUUAUGGCCAGAAACGCCCGCCUGCUGGGCAUCGUGACAUCAGGUUUCUUCUUCGGCCUUGACUUAGCUAGUCUUCUGAGUGACCUGAAGGAACUGAAGGAGGGGACAGGAACGGAGACCGCCAAGGAGCUGAGAGCCAAGGCUCGGGAGCUGGAAAAGCUGCUGUCAGAACUCAGCCAGCUCAAUGAGGGCCUGCAGCAGAAACUGGAGCAAGAAGAAAACGUGAUGAACUCCACUUUGGAGGGAGCCAUGUGA